UCGCGGCGCGAGGCGCACAACCCCGAGAGACAGACGCGUCCUCGCGCGCCGCGUGCACCUCGGCUGCUCUCCCGGUCCGGAGGUCGGGCUCGCAGCUCUCCGGACCUGCCAGGUGUCCUCGCUUCCGGAGGGGCGGGCGGAGCGGCGCCCGGGAUGGCUUCGGCGGGCAGCGGCAUGGAGGAGGUGCGCGUGUCGGUGCUGACUCCGCUGAAGCUGGUCGGGCUGGUGUGCAUCUUCCUGGCGCUGUGUCUGGACCUGGGGGCCGUGCUGAGCCCGGCCUGGGUCACGGCCGACCACCAGUACUACCUGUCCCUGUGGGAGUCCUGUCGGAAACCCGCCAGCUUGGACAUCUGGCACUGCGAGUCCACGCUCAGCAGCGAUUGGCAGAUCGCUACUCUGGCCUUACUCUUGGGUGGUGCAGCCAUCAUUCUCAUUGCAUUCCUGGUUGGUUUGAUUUCUAUCUGCGUGGGAUCCCGAAGGCGCUUCUACAGACCUGUUGCUGUUAUGCUUUUUGCAGCAGUUGUUUUACAGGUUUGCAGCCUUGUCCUUUACCCAAUCAAGUUCAUUGAAACUGUGAGCUUGAAAAUUUAUCAUGAGUUCAACUGGGGUUAUGGCCUGGCCUGGGGUGCAACUAUAUUUUCAUUUGGGGGUGCCAUCCUUUAUUGCCUGAACCCUAAGAACUAUGAAGACUACUACUAAUACCGAGUCUCAAAUUUGGAAAAAAAAAAAGAAAAAAAAAAAACAUCCAACAAAAGAAUUACAUCUGCAUCUUUUCUAACUAUUUUCUAAAACACUUGUGGAGCAUCAAGCAGUUUGCUCAUUUGAUUUAAUAUUCUUUGCCUCUUGGCUGUCAGUGUCAUAACCAGCUUUUACAUCCAUUUUAGGGACCUGCACAAAUUAAGAGAGCUGAUUAGACAUAGGCAAAUGCAGCAAACUUCCAAUAUGUUCAUGUCAUUUUUCUUGACAAGUGAAGGGUCUGUAUGACAGCAACUAUUGUGAGAAACUAGUUGGAAUGAAAAUUGCCUGAAUCUCUUAUUGCCUGCAGGGAAGCAGCUGGCAUAAGCAAUAUUUAGAAGUUCUUUGCUCUGAUAAGGAUUCCACUGUUAAAUCCUGUAUCACCUGCUUAUCCCACCCAAUGACUAUAUUGGUUGUUGGUAACUGAGUGAGCUAUUGAAAAGUGAACUGCCCUUGGGCAUCAUUUGGGUAUUGUGAAUAUAACUAGUUAAUGGUACACAUUCCACUUUGAAGAAUAUUUUCUUAAUGGGAGGCUAGGAUUUAGCAAUCAGCAUAUCCUUUUUAAAGGAAGUCAAGAUUUAAAGACAUGUGCUUUUCAUUAUCUGGUUAGAAAUUGUUCUUCAGACUUUUAAAGAAGAGGGGAAAAUUGAGGGUCUCUGCUUUCCCUGGGGCAAUUAGAAACAAAUAUGCAUGAGUCGCAUUUGUACCCUUUAAAUCAUUUAUCAGACAUUGCAGCAAACAACUGUGCAUAUGUAACAAACAAAUAUUUUUAUAGAAGGUGAACCGUUAGUAUGAAUGAUAAUAAGUUGUUCCCUCACCCUACACAUGCAUUUACCAAUUAUACAUAAAAUUAAUAUUUGCUCUAGUGAAGUGGUUUGAACACUAACCUUGUAUGUAUUAAGAGACUUAGAUUGGUUUUCACACUAUUUUACCAUAUAGAAGUGCAUAUACCUUAAUGCUUUUGCUCUAUGUUCUCUACUAUUUAAUUGGAAAGUAUAAAUAGAAUUGCCUAAGAAGAAAAAUUGAAAUGGUGUUAAUAUGAAAAGGAACAAUUCUUCCCUAAGCACUGUAGUUGAAAAGAAAGUAGCAGUAAGGAUGAUCACUUUGUGUAAAAUUCAUUAAAAUAGAUGGCUGCUAUUUUUGGCAAGUAUUUUAAAUGUCUUCAUUUAAACAGAUAGUGAUAGAUUUAUAUAAAUGUCUAAAAUGUCUUGGUAGAAGAAUAGAAUUCAUUUGAUUAUUACCUGGCCCACUGGAAUUAACUGAUGGGCUAAUUUGUACACACAAUUAUGAUGGAUUUGUGUUAGGGAAAUAAUUUACUCACUGUUUAAUGGAAGGAAAUACCAAUAAUAUGGAAGAAGUUUGCAGCUAAUCUCACACUGCAAACUUGAAUUAAUCCUGUUUAAUAUGAAAAUUUCAAUAGUUUAAUUGUAAACCUAUUUUUAUAGAAAUAUAUGAUUCUAAUAUAAAAGUUAUGAAUAAUUAUUUUUGUUAACAAAGUCACUAAAGCAGUAUGCUAUGGUUUAACCCUCUUGCAGAAAGAAGCAUUGGAAAAAUAACUUGAAACAUAUCCAUUUACUAUUAUAUUGCAAAAACCAUUGCAAGCAGGACCACAUCAAGAGUAUUUGAUAAUGAGCUUUACCUCCCAGAGCAGAGUUCUGCUUUUCACUUAUCUUAAAUAAAUGGUUGCCAGACAGCGGUUCCCACCCAGUGAAAUUAUUUUAUUAUUCCAUUGCCAAAAAUGCCACUUACAUAGUGAAUUUUCUACAGAAUCAAAAAAGUAAAUGAAGUACCAGGCUUAUUCUUAUUUUAGUAAUGAUAAACAAAUGUGUAUGCUAGAGAGAAAUCUUUAUAAAAGUAUAUGAUUCUGUAAAGAAUCAAAAGAAACUAUGAGUGGAAGUUUUCCAGAAAGAUAGUAUUGUAGAAUAUUUAGAAGCAAUCUUCUUGAGAAAUAGUAAAAUCUAGUGCAGACUCACAUGAAGUUAAUUGCAUAUUUUCAGAACAGCAUGAGAAAUAAAAAUAGUUCGAUGUUGGUUACUAAACACACCAAUGAGAAUAGUGUAAGAACAGUACUUUGGUGCUGACAUCAGUGAGGCACUUUUCUUGGGCAGAGUAGUAGAAGAUGCAAUGUUCUGUUAGAACCAAUAUCAUCAUAUCAAGUUUUCAUUCUCUGUCAAUAUGACAUGCUUGGCAAUGACAGAAUAUGCUAUACAUUGAGGCAUACAUAUUUGCAGUUUACUGAGAGCAUUUCUUCGGUAGUUUUUCCAUUCCCAAUGGAAAUCCAGCCAGUGUUACAUUUCUACCAUCACUAAUAUUUGGAAGUGUUUCAUUACUAACAAAGCUCAGUACAAUAGGAGACUUGUUGCUUAUACAAAAUAUUAUUGUCUAUCAGAAUAAACACAAGUGGAGUUUUACCUACAUUAAUGUUUUUGUAGCUUUAGAUUUGUUUCAUUUUUUCUUAAGCAAAACUUAACCACAACUCAUUGUUUGUGUUAGAAUAUAUAUAUAUAUAUAUAUAUAUAUAUAUAUAUAUAUAUGUAUGUAUGUAUAUGUAUAUAUAUAUAAUUACUCAGCAGGGCUAGUUAUUUGGAUUUCUUGUACAAGUAUUCAGCUUUUUGUAAGUUCAACAUGUAAAUUUUAAAGACAUAAAUAUAGAAAGACUUAUGUGUUUGAAAUAUAAAUGAUAUAUAUGGAUUAGCAUGUACCUGUAUAUUAUUAAAAUGCAAUGAACUGAUUGGUAAGUGAUGUUUAAUUGUACGGCUAGCAAUGUAAUUUAUUCAGACUGUAUUUUUGUACAGAGCAGCGCACACUAACCUAUGCCUCUGUGUCCUCUUUAAUGCCUAAAACUGUGCCUAGAAAUUUCAUCUCUCUUAAAAAUAAAAUAUACUUCAUGCUGUUUAUGCUAUUAAUUUCUCUAUUGCUAUUCUUUAUUUAUUAUUUUUGGCUGUAUAACAUGUUUGUUACUUAAAUAUGAAUUUAUAGUAUCCUGGUUACUUUUUAUAACAAUCAUCUGGGGGAAACCUGUUUAUUGCUCCAGUGACUUUCAGUUUGCAGUUUCAUGAUCAGUUACUCAUUUUAUGAUUUUUGUAGUUGACAUGAAGUUAUCUAUGUGGAAAAAAUAAAAAUAAAGUGGUUUCACUGA